AUGUACAGGAACCACCGUGCCAUUCCUUCACAGGCGCCACACAAACUAUGUAUCCGCGUCGGGAACAUCCUCCUCCUAACGCUCAUCCUCAUCGUCGCUUACCGCUAUAUAUUCCGGAGGCCAGUUUCCAAAGCUGUCGUCCCCAAGGUGCUUCACUUUCCAAAUAUCAGUUUCGAGCAGGACUACGAGCGAAUGGAGAGGGAAUUGAAGGUCUACGUAUACCGGGACAGAGACCCCGGCAUUUACUUUCUUCGACAGCCAAGGAAGGUGACGGGGAUUUACGGCAGCGAGGCCUACUUCUUCAAGAAUAUCAGGGAGAGUAGCUUCAUCACCAUUGAUCCUCUUCAGGCUCACCUCUUCUUUAUUCCCAUUUCUUGGCAUCAAAUGCGCAGCCUGGGAACACCAUAUCACAAGAUGACCUUUACAAUUGAGAAUUAUGUCCAGAGCCUAAUCUCAAUGUACCCCUAUUGGAACCGAACUCAAGGUGCUGAUCACUUCUUUGUAAUAUGCCAUCACAUUGGUGUGGAGGUUAUUGAAGGAGUUCCAUUGCUUAAAAAGAAUUCAAUUCGACUUGUGUGUCCUGUCAGCUAUGAUACUCAUUAUAUUCCAUACAAGGAUAUCUCCUUCCCUCAAGUGAAUCAAUCAACAUUUUCUCAUCCAGCUUCAAGAAAUAACAUGCUUAAUAGGACAAAGACUGAUCCCUGGGCAGACAUUCCCAACUCUAAAAUAAGAGCGCGUAUGGAAUAUCUGUGGAGGGAAGAAGACACUGAGCUUGACUCUAAACGUGUGUGGAAUGAUACUGCUGAAGGGUAUCUGCUAUUAUAUGACAAACUUUUUGGGACAAAGUUCUGCAUAUGCCCUCAUGGAUUCCCAGUCAAUACUGCCCUAAUAGCAGACUCCAUCCGUUAUGAAUGUGUUCCUGUUAUCUAUACAAACUACACGGAUUUCCCAUUCAAUGGUAUUCUUGAUUGGAAUAAUUUUUCAAUAAAACUGAACGAGGAUGAUCUAAUUUUUGUUAAGGACAUUCUUCAGGGCAUACGAGAAGCACAAUUCACCAGAUUGCAAAACAACUUACACAAGGCCGAGAAGCACUUCCAAUGGAACUCACCUCCAAUCAGCUAUGAUGCAUUCCACAUGAUCAUGUACGAACUCUGGCUGCGUGUCAUUUUCUAAGUGGCUCCAAGUUUUAGGAACCUUUUUUUUUUU